UCAACAAAGCUUCGAAAAGGGGACAGAAAAGGCAGUACAUACUUCAAGAAAAAUCCACCCGAGCCAAGAUACAAGCGGCUAGCAACUUCGGCAUGCAACCCCCAACGAUUACUUCCCUCCGUCAAGAAGCAGCAUCGCACAGCAUCCCCCACAACAUUAGAGGAUCAAUACAAGGCAAAUUCUGCAGCCCCAAGAACCGACCUCUGCUGCUUGCUCAAAUAUUGCCGGGGUUCAAGAGCAAGCAGAAAAUACUGACCGAACAAAUCGGACUUGGGUUUCUUUCGGAUGCACCACUGAAGUAUGAUCCGAAUAGGGUUUUGUCUGCAUGGCUGCUGUCAUCGAUAAACUACGAUCGAUCAACUAUAUGCAUCGAACCAGGUAUAGAGAUUCCAAUAGGCGCAAAUGAAGCAUUGUCAGUAUUAGGCUUGCCUUCAGGAAACUUACCUGUCACUAGAACAGUGCACUGUUCGCAAAAGUUAGAUACUAAGAACCUUGCAAAAGCAAUGUCGAUUGGCUACGCAAAAUCAUCAAACACUUUAGCUAGAGCACGCGCUGUACUAUUAUCACUUCACAGCGUUGAGCAAUUGUCUGAACCGGAAGAAAGAGCAUUCACUAUUUCCUUAAUCAUGUAUACCGUAUCCACAUUCUUGGCACCUGUGACAAACCCAGCAUCAAUGCCUGCACUCCCCCCUACAGUUAUGCUUGCUUUGUCAGAUAGAAAAUACAAAGGUGCUUUAGACUGGGCAGGAUUUACAGUAGAAAGAUUAAUGUCAGCAUCGAAAUCCCUGCAAGAGCAACUCCGGCAAGAUACUGGAACUUCAACCAUUUACUUGGAUGGAUGCCUUCCCUUACUCAACUUGGUAUUCAUGCGUUGGUGCUACUUCAAUCACUCUUCUUUCCGGAAAUUACCAUCAGAAGCAGCUACAUUUUGGUCCAACUUAUCAAUACAGCAGAUAAAGCAUAUGGAAGAUCAAACUUUAUUUCACCGUUGUACACAACAUAUGGUAAAUAUAACAAACUGCUGUACAUAA